CAGGCUUGGGCCUAACCAGAAAAUAUGCCGCCAAGAUUGAGCAAGAGAAAACAGAGAGAGCUGGAGGAGCUGGAGGCUCUGGAGGGAUUGGCGAAGCAUCAACCUGUGAGCGAGGAUGAGGCCGAUGGGGAAGCAUCGUCCCCUCAGCUUGGUCAGAAAAGCGGGUUCGCAGCACUGCUUUCUCAAGACGAUAUCGCUCAAGAGGAUAGCGAUCCCGAAGAGGCUGCAGUGCAGACGAAGGCCCGCAAGUGAAAGAACAAGAAGAAAAAGAAGAAGCCAUCUGCUGCAGCUGCAUCCUCCAUUCCCCAGACGCCGCAGACACCACAAGACUCAGCGCGCGAUACUCCUACGCCGUCUGCUUCUGCAAAGAAGGCCGCAAAGAAAGCUAAGCAGAAGGAGAAGAAAUCGGGGAAGGAUGACGUCGAGCGUGCCCUUGCGGAGCUGUCCCUCCAAUACCCCAGCCUCAGCGAUGCUGCCUCCGCGCUAUCCUCCUCCACCUCCGCGUCGCGCACAUCGAUGGAUGCCCUCGCCCGCCUCCUUACCGUCUCUCCCGCGCAUCUCGACCCCGACGCCGAGAUGCGCAAAUUCUUUGGCGCCAAGGUCGUGCAGGCGAACCGCGAGAAGGGCACGGCAUCCCCGCGGCGCGCGGGCGGGACAGAGAAGUCGAAUCUCACGCGCCCGCAGCCGGGUUGGUGGCCAGCGAAGAUGCGCGAGGGGCUCACGACGCGGCAGCUUACGCAGGAAGAGCUGGACGCGCAGAGGCAGCGGCAUGGAUGGGCGCCGUUGGGUGAGGAGCGCUGGUGGACGGUGGAAUACAGCAAGAAGUACAAGGCGGUGACGAAGGCGUUCAUGCGUGUGGUUAUGGCGGGCG